AUGGAACACACAGAACACAACAUACAACACACGCCUCCCCUUCCCUCUCCCCAGGAAGGGAAGGCUUUCAACGACUACACCACAUCAUGGAACACACAGAACACAACACACGACACACACUUCCCCUUCCCUCUCCCCAGGAAGGGAAGGCUUUCAACGACCACACCACACCACGCAACACACAGAACACAACACACGACACACACCUCCCCUUCCCUCUCCCCAGGAAGAGAAGGCUUUCAACGACCAUACCACACCACGCAACACACAAAACACAACACACGACACACACCUCCCCUUCCCUCUCCCCAGGAAGAGAAGGUUUUCAAAUACAAGACAACACCACGGAACAGAACAAAACAAACCACACACCACACCACACAACAAACAACACAAGACACAGGACAUGACACAACACAAGACACAGGACAUGACACAAGACUCAAGACAAGACAAAAAGAAGAUGAACAUAAAAGAAGAAGUAGAACAAGAAAGAAGAAGAAGAACAAGAAAGAAGAACAAGAACAAGAAAGAAGAACAAGAACAAGAAAGAAGAACAAGAACAAGAAAGAAGAACAAGAACAAGAAAGAAGAACAAGAACAAGAAAGAAGAACGCUAACAGUAUUAUCAUAUUUACGUAUAAAUGCUUAUAUAUCGCGCUUUUCAACUUGAAAUAUAACUUUGCGAGUAGAGGAAGCCCAUUUCUUUAUAAAAUGAUGAGAUGUACACCCUUUGAGAGGUAUAUGAUAAGUGUGGGCGGUAUGGCAACACCCGGCCGGGGGAUUGCCAGACCUCCCUCCUCCUUCAUCUUCCUACCUCCUCAUCCAUUCAUCCAUCCAUCUCAAGAUUUGUCCCUCCGUGGAAGGACCAUGGACCUUUGUCGGGUGACAGCUAGCCCAUGA